AUGGAAAAUGAGCGUGCAAGAAAGAGGAAGCUUUCUCUGGAAGAGCCGAGCAAAAAGCAAGAAAGCGUCAAGUACAGCGUAAAGCGGACGGAGUGUGCGUAUUGCAGCGUGAAGCUGCGAAUAACAAACACGUUCGGGUGCAAGUGCAAGAGAGUCUUCUGCGGGAAGCACAGAUACUCUGACGAGCACAGCUGCGAAUACGACUACAGAAAAGAGAACAUGCUGCGCCUGGAGAAAGAGAACCCCCGAAUCAUUCCCUCCAGAAUAUCAAAUGCAUAG